GGCUGUAACAUAGGGGAACCCCUCGCUGCCCCCCUAGUUGGCUUGUCGGAGUCAGAAGAACGGAAGGGAAUUAAAGCCUUGGAGCAAAUGUCCUGCUUGCACUGAGAGCCCAUGGCCACCAGCCAAAAUACCCUGGGUCUGUCCCCGCGGGGCAGCCACCCCCUUGCUCAGCACCGCCUUGUCCUCUUAGUCCCUGCAGCAGGACGAGCAGAUCAAGUGCCUCCAGGCCAGCAUCAUGCAGCUCCAAAAGGACUAUGAGAAGUUCAGCUCGGCCCUUGCAAACCUCCAUCAUGAUCGCCAGCAGGAGCAGAAUGACAUCAAGGUGGGUGGCUGAAAGCCCCAAGCAGAGCCCAGGCUGGGACCCCAAGGGGUCUGUCCCCCUGCCACCCUGCUCGCAGCCCUGCACAGCUUCCCAGUGCCUUUCCUGGAGGUUUCUGAUGGGGUGGGGAGGCAGGGGGUGCUCGGCUGGCCGGGGGGCAGCUCACGGGCUGCUGUCUGCCUUGGAAGGCUCUGUCCCAGGCCCUGGAGAGAAUCAAGAAGCAGAAAGCAGACAAGGAGGAGCUGCUGGUGCUGGGAAUCGAUGAGGUACGGGCUCGAGGGGCCCUGGUGUUUUGGGCCAAGGGUGUUUUGGGCAGAGUGACAAACACCCCUUGUCCCUUGGGUGCUGGCUGGCAGAACCAGCCAGGUAGGGGGAGGAUUUCCAGCCCGGCUGCAGGUCCCAAGCCAGGUCCCUCUGUCACUGCAAGUCCCUUCGGCUGGUGGGACCAACCCCACAGGGGUGAUGGGGUGAACAGGGCCAAGUCUCCCACUCCUGUUGUCACUCCAUCCUGUCUGCAACCACUCUCCUGUCUUUCCCCAUUGCUAGAAAGCAGACAAAGACAAAGUCAGUCACAGCCAGUUUGAGGCGUGCGUGGAGCAGCUGAACAAGGUGAUGGAGGAGGUGACGGUCCAGGAGAAGUUCUUGCACCGGUUCCAGCAAGAGCUCCAGAGGCAGAUGGACUGCAAGCUGGACCGCCGGGAGCUGGGGGCAUUCCAGCAGCAGCAGGAGGAGCGGUGGAAGAGCCUCAGCGGGCAGCUCCAGGAGAAGGCGCUGAAGCCAGAGCGUGACAAUGCCGCUGGGAUUAGGAAGCAGCUGCUGCCUGGUUUCCAUUGCCUGUCCUGUGACCGGCCCCUCAACAUGCUGGCGCCUGGACCGGAGCGGACGGGCGAGUGCAGAUACCCCACUGUUCCGCGGAGCUGUGGGGGCCCACACACUGUCAGGCCCCCGCGCUUCCAGCCCCAACCGCCCAGCACCCCACGGCCAUCCCAACCCAGUGCCCGCCGCCCCAACAAGAAGGACGCGAUGCAUCUGUCGGGCCAGGACGGCACUGAUGGGAACCAACCGAACAAGCAGCCGUCUGUAACGGAGAGCUCUGGGCUGCCCUCAAGGCAAAGGGGGACGCCAGACACCACAACCUCGAGCAGCCAGCCAAGCACCGCCUCCCCGCUGCUGUUAGCCGUGCUGAAGUGCCAACCAGCCUCAUCUCCCGGACGCCUCACCCAGGCACCGAAGCUGCUGCCACACCGCAUUAAAUCAGCGCCCUGACAGCCGGGCAGGACGGGGGUCCCGGCCCCGGUCCCACCGCCCCGGGCGCUGAGCAGGCAGCAGCUGCAAUAAAUGGCGAUGGGCAACCAA